ACUUUUCGACUCUCCUCGUUUGCAAUCAAACCUGCGUGUUCCUGCUUUUUUCACGACCUGAGAGGAAGGAAUCGGAAAAACCAUACAUACCCAUCAUUCACCUUCGUCUCCGAAGGUAUAAAAUUGGACUUUUUUUUGGAGGAAUGCUGUUCAUAGGUUUAAGAUUAGAAAAUGGGCGAUUCUGAAGGAAGUAUUUUGAAUUUUAGUGUAAUGGAGAAGAUUGCAAGGGAAGGUUACUUGUCGGUUUUCAAAGACUAUGGAGUGUAUGGGAUUGUGGGUGCCGUUGUUGUUGCCAUAUUGAUACCUUUAUUGAUUUCAAUGGUGUUUGUGGGGAAGAAAAAAAUGAAACAGAGAGGAGUUCCAGUGCCAGUUCCUGGUGAGGCAGGUCUUGUAGUGCGAAAUGCUAGAUCAGUCAGAUUAAUUGAGGUUCCGUGGGAAGGGGCCACAACUAUGGCAUCGUUAUUUGAGCAAUCUUGUAAGAAGCAUGCACGAGAACGGUUUCUUGGGACGAGGAAGCUAAUUAGUAGGGACUUUGUAACUGCUAGUGAUGGGAGGAAGUUUGAGAAGCUACAUUUGGGGGAGUAUCAAUGGGAAACUUAUGGAGAGGUAUUUGAUCGUGCUUGCAACUUUGCGUCUGGACUUGUCAAAUUAGGCCAUGAUGUUGAUACUCGUGCUGCCAUAUUUUCUGAAACUCGGGCAGAGUGGUCCAUUGCCUUUCAGGGAUUGUUCCGCCAGAAUAUUACUGUUGUUACUAUCUACGCCUCCCUAGGCGAUGAUGCCUUAAUACACUCACUUAAUGAGACCCAAGUAUCAACCUUAAUCUGCGAUUCAAAGCAAUUGAAGAAGUUGGCUCCAAUAAGUUCUAGCCUAAGUACUAUAAGGAACGUCAUUUACUUUGAAGAUGACGAGACUUCACGGGAUUCUAAUGUCUCUAGACAUACAGACAAUUGGUCGGUUUUUCCCUUUUCUGAAGUUGAGGUACUUGGGAAGAAUAAUCCUGUUCAUCCAAGACUACCAAUCAAGACGGAUAUUGCAGUUAUAAUGUACACAAGUGGCAGUACCGGCCUACCAAAGGGAGUUAUGAUAACUCACGCCAACAUUGUAGCCACUGCAGCUGCAGUUAUGACCGUGAUCCCAAGACUUGGGAAAAAUGAUGUCUACUUGGCAUACUUGCCUUUAGCUCAUGUUUUCGAGUUGGCAGCUGAGUCUGUCAUGUUGACUGCAGGUGCUGCAAUUGGUUAUGGCUCCACUUUGACUUUAACAGACACAUCUAAUAAAAUCAAGAAAGGAACGAAGGGAGACGCUUCUGAGUUAAGACCGACCCUGAUGACAGCAGUUCCAGCAAUUUUAGAUCGUGUUCGAGAUGGAGUUUUAAAGAAGGUUGAGGAGACAGGAGGUUUUCCUAAGACACUUUUCAAUACUGUCUAUAAGCGCCGCCUGGCAGCUAUAGAAGGAAGCUGGCUCGGAGCUUGGGGACUAGAGAAAUUACUAUGGGAUGUAAUGGUUUUCAAAAAGAUACGCUCUUUUCUUGGAGGUGAAAUCCGAUUCAUGCUCUGCGGUGGUGCUCCUUUAUCUGGGGAUACACAGCGAUUCAUCAAUAUCUGCAUGGGGGCUCCUAUUGGUCAAGGAUAUGGCCUGACAGAAACAUUCGCUGGUGCUGCUUUUACCGAGUGGGAUGACAUUUCAGUUGGGCGUGUUGGUCCACCUCUUCCUUGUUGUUACAUCAAGCUUGUUUCUUGGGAAGAAGGUGGUUACCUGACAUCUGACCAACCAAUGGCCCGAGGAGAGGUUGUAAUUGGUGGCUGCAGCAUAACUGCUGGUUAUUUCAACAAUGAUGCAAAAACUAAGGAGGAUUUCAAGGUUGAUGAGAUGGGCAUGCGCUGGUUCUAUACUGGUGACAUCGGAAGGUUUCACCCAGAUGGAUGUCUUGAAAUUAUUGAUCGGAAGAAGGAUAUUGUCAAACUUCAACAUGGAGAAUACAUCUCCCUCGGCAAGGUCGAGGCAGCACUUAUCUCAAGCAACUAUGUUGAUAAUGUAAUGGUCUAUGUAGACCCCUUUCACAACUAUUGUGUAGCUCUAGUUGUGCCCUCUCAUCAGGUCAUUGAGAAGUGGGCCCAAGAAGCUGGCAUAGUGUACAAAGAUUUUGCUGAAUUGUGCAACAAAGAUGAAGCUGUCAGUGAGAUCCAACAAUCCCUUUCCAAGGUUGCAAAGGCUGCAAGGUUGGACAAAUUUGAAAUUCCUGCAAAGAUCAAGUUGAUACCGGAUCCCUGGACUCCCGAAUCCGGAUUGGUCACUGCAGCUCUCAAACUAAAGCGGGAACAGUUGAAAGCCAAGUUUAAAGAUGAGCUCCAGAAGCUAUACCAGUGAAGUGUCAUACUAGUCCCAUGUUUGCCUCUUCUCUGCUCUAUGAAUCGCUGGUGACACAUUAUGGUUAUUCUGUAUGGUUAUCCUCCAAAUGGAUUUUUCUUACUGAUUACCACUGAUUUUCCUAAUUAAUGGUUGUUUUAAGAUGGUUUGCUAUCGUACGUUUUGUUGUCCAUUUGGCCUGAAGAAAAACUAAUUAUAUUUAAUGAAAUUAAUGCCUUUUUUUCUGUUCAUAUUGGGUCCG